CGCGGGUAGGCCUCAAACCCCCGGCCGGGGCUGCCGGGCUGGCCGCACCACCCACUCGAUGAACGCAUAUCCACCACCGUAUAGACGGAGGAGGUGUAAUGUUUUGCUGUCAGGAUGAGGAGCAGGAUCCCUGUCAUCCUCCUGGCCUGUGGCUCCUUUAACCCCACCACCAACAUGCACAUGCGUUUGUUUGAGCUGGCCAGAGACCACCUGCACCAGACAGGAAGAUAUCAGGUGAUUGAAGGCAUAAUGUCUCCUGUCAGUGAUAACUAUGGGAAGAAAGGCUUGGUGUCAGCAAGGCACCGGGUGGCGAUGGCCAAACUGGCCCUGGAGACGUCGGACUGGAUCCGCGUGGAUCCCUGGGAGAGCGAGCAGGACACGUGGACAGAGACAGUGAAAGUACUAAGGCACCAUUAUAAUGAAGCACUCAGAGCGUUCCAGACCAAGAAGGAGUUCAUGAGAGACAGACAUCCCACAGAAAGCUCUACGGAGGACUCCCUUUCUUGCCAGCAACCAGUUCUACCAGAAUUAAAGCUGCUCUGUGGGGCUGAUUUUCUACAGACAUUUAAGACACCCAAUCUCUGGAAGGAAGAAGACAUCAAAGAAAUAGUGGAAAAGUUUGGUUUGGUCUGCGUUAGCCGGGCUGGCUCUGAUCCAUCUCAGUUCAUCCAGGAAUCAGACCUUUUAUCUAAAUAUCAGCACAAUAUUUUUCUAGUGAGAGAGUGGAUCCAGAAUGAAAUCAGUGCGACCCAGAUCCGCUCUGCGCUGUGCAGAGGGCUGAGUGUGAAAUACCUCAUCCCAGACUCUGUCAUUGCCUACAUUGCCCAGCACAACGUCUACACAGCCGAGAGCGAGCGCAGCAACGAGGGCCAGCUGCUGCAGCCUCUCAGGCUGCCUAACACAACAAUAAACCUCUGAGGGGCUGAUUCCUGCACUGUGUGCCCUGUCAGACCACGAGCUUUGUCUUGUAGAUUUCUUGAGAAAGUUGUUUCUUAUUAAUAAUGAAGGGGAAAG